AGUUCUUAGAUGCAGAAGUGAAACCGGACUAGAGAUCUUUAUAACUGCACUUACAGUCACGCAGUGCCAUUAGUGCAUGCAAGUGACAGAAGAAGCAAAAGAGGCAGAGGAAAAAGGAGGCCAGUUACUAGGCGGGCAUGUUGGCUGAAGGUUUUCUCAGACUGCUGGUGUACAGGGAGGAGAGAAAGUUUGCCUCCAAUUCCAAGCAAAAGAGAUUGCAGACAAGUGGUCAUUGUGCCGAUCCAUCCAACUGUGCUCGCUCUGACUCGAGCUCUGCAGUCCCAGGGGUGCAUUCAGCAGAAGCAGGGAUCACAGAGGAAGAUCUAAACUCCAGCCAACCCCAGAUUCUCAAAGUGGUGCCUCAGAGACCUGUAGCCCUCUCAAUCCCCACUGACCUGUACCCCCUUUACAUAGAAGACUGUAGCUUGCUGGAACAGUAUCCAGACCUGCAGGUGGCUGACUCAGGCCGCAUCACGCACAAUCUACUGAGAACUGCUGUCAGCCAGCCUGAUUUCUGCAUCCAGUCUCCCAUCUCUCAAGUUUGUCCAAGCACAGCCCAGCAAGAGCCACAGAAUUCAGUCCCAUCCAUACCAGACCAGGGUUAUCUAGCAAUGGGGGACAGUGCGAACAUCAGCCUAGAUCUGCCUGGACUAGAGCCCAUGUCUAACUCGGUGCUGAACGGGCUGCUGGAGAAACAGCUGGAGGAGGUGUACAUGCAGCAUCUAACUGAGAACUUAGCUCGGUGCAACUCCCACCUGGGGAACAGCCUCCUGCACGGCCUGGUGCCCCCGCCGCAGCCUAGCAGCCAGUCAGAGGGGGCGGACUCAUUACUGGGAAGCAUGGAAGGAAGCACAGAAGACAGCAGCAGUAAAAUUAGUUAUCUGAACACCCAUAACUUAGUGCCCUGCUCCUCCAACUUCAGCUCCCCAGUGUUGAGGAUUUCAGAGGCGGAAAAUCCUCAUCCGCAAUGAUCCUGCAACAGCUUUAAAUAUAAUUGUGACCUGUCUUUGCUUUAGUGCUUCACACCCACGUUUACACACACACACGAUUGUAUCCACUAUAUCAGUGCUAUUUUUAUACAAAGCCUUGCUCUCUUGCUUAAGAUGCCUGAAACUUAGCUGCUUUCAUAUGCCAUCUGCUGUUAGAUUUGAGUAUUACACCAUCAUGGAGCUACUUGUUAUACAUUCAAAUGGAUUUUACUGACUUUUAGUUGGGAAUGUGUUAAGUGUUUGAUUUAUAAUAAAGCAAGAUAUAACAAAGUA